AUGUAUGACCGUCGCUUUGUCCCUGUUGAUGUGAAGCCCAGAUUUUGCGCAGCCGGCAGUGAAAAGGCUCAUGCUCCAUUGGAUAUUUGGCUCUGCCGCGGCGUUGAGCCCCCGGUCUUUCGCAAAAAGCAGCUCGUGGACACCAGUCGGGGAAAGACUCGUUGGAGCCUUCGUGAGUCCGGUAGUGAGAAUUGGGCCGUCGGUCUGGUAGAAGAUGCUUAGCCAUGGGCUUUAAGCAGAGUAGGGAUCCAACAGCAUGAAAAAGAGCAUGAGACUGGACAGGGUGGGCGCUAGUACGCAACUCAAUUUCACUCCAUUGGUCACUGCGAAUGAUUGUGAUACCGUCCCACUGUCCGUGACCUGAGAUAUCACCCCGUCUUGUAAUUGACGCACUAUGUGCGUGACUCGUUAAGGAUAAACGAGUCUCUGCAUGAUUUUUCAGGUCUCCUCGCCAUUUAUCGUGUCUGAUUCAAGAAAAUCGUGAUUGUAGAAAUACGGCUAGAGUCGAAUCCACGUUUUUUUCCACUAAUCUGCGGUAGCCUGACUUUGCCAGCGUGUAACUGUGUUGUUAAGUUUGCCUGCACACCACCUCUAUUUUAGCAACGAGUUAGUUCAGCGGUUAGCCAACGUUCCAGUUGCCACUGAUGAGGAAGCCUCCGUGGAGAACCGAUGAGACCAACUGAGGGACACAGUCCAUUCAGCCGUCCUGGGUAUCCUCCGCCGCGCACAUCAUCUGUACCAGAACGGGUUCGACAACAACGACGUCGUCAUCAGCAACCUCCUCAUCGAGAAGAGCCGGUUGCACAAAGCCUACGUUAACCGGGCAACCGACGCAAACAAAGCAGCCUUCUACCAAAGUCGCCCCCUUGUGCAACAGUGGCUGGGAGAGAUGUAAGAGGCCUCGACAGCUCGCAAGUCCGAGGAGAUCCAAGGGUAAGUGGACCUCAACCAAUAGAAGAACUUCUUCGCUGAGACCAGGGCUGCUUAGGGUCCCACAGCCAAAGGAACCGCUCCUCUUCUCAGCACCGAUAAAGCUACCCUACUCACUGAGAAGGCGUUAAUUCUGAACUGCUGAGCCGAGCAAUUCAGAGGCGUAUUUAACAGCCUCUACACUGUCUCCGACGGUGUGAUCGAUUGUUUACGUCAAGUGGAGACCAACGCCGACCUCGAGCUCGCGUCAUCUCUACACGAAAACAUUAAGGCCAUGCAGCAGCAGUUCAGUGGGAAUGCACCCGGAUCAGACACGAUCUCUGCUGAGAUAUACAAGUACGGCGGCACCCGAAUUAUGGAUCACCUGGCAGCCCUCUUUCAGGAUACCUGACGACAAGGACAAGUCCUUCAGGAUUUCAAGGACGUUACAAUCGUCUAUCUGAACAGGUGGAGAUAGAAACGACAACUCCGCCGCAACUACAGAGGAAGCACGCUGCUCAGCAUACGGUUGACAUAGUCAACAACGACGGCCGAACUGUCAUGGAAAAACUCUCAUAGCUUAUUUGCCCUCAAAUCUGUAGGGCAUAAUCUUAUGGAAGUUUGAUAAGUAUUUACUUUACUGCGUAGAUGACUCGCAGGUUGUUUUUAUGUUUUUCUAUUGCAAUCUGAUUCCGUGUUCCCAUGUGCAAGUACUGCAGGUCUAACUGCGUUCUUUGAGAAUUAAACGUCAUUUUCUACACGCCAUUCUUGCCUGUGUGAAUAGUUUACCCCAUCCGGGUCACCUGGUAAAUGCGCUGGACCAAUACGAGGACAUGUCAGAUUCUGGCCAGUGUUAUCGGAUUGCACAACAUAACAAAUACUAACAUUUCGGGGUGCGGUGACAGACCCGGUUUCCGGCAGUCGUCGCGCACACUGGGACCCAUACAACCCUCCAUUGUUGUUAUUGAUAAAAAAUCUGGUCAAUUACUGUGUGAACCAGAGAGUGCGGGGCGGAGCGCCAAGGUGUGGGCUCGACCGCGUCAUCCACUUGCGGACUCCUCGCCUACGGUUUUCUCGACUCUGUCUGCUCGUGACGCUGUGCAAGUCUACUAUCAUUGUAAACUAGUUAAGUCAUUGUUCCUGCUCCAACUUGCUGUGGAGCACACGGUGGACAUCGUCGAUAACGACGGUCGAACUGUCGAAUGCUGUACUGUUCAUCACAAAUACUGUGCUCCAUCUGAGAUAAGUCGAUCACUUUUUCCCAAACUUUCCCUCGAAUGUAUUCCUAGAAAGACACCAAUCUUUCCCGGGCUUUUAAACUAUAUCAUUUUUCUAGCCUCCUAACUCUUAACGCUGUGGCCUCCAACAUAAAUCGGCUAUUUAUGAACACGCACAUGUCAGAAGAUGAUAGUGGAACUUCCAAGGAGGCUGUAACACACCAUUGGGCUUCUAUCUAAGGAUUUGCUUUUCGGAUUAUGCUGUUACAGCUACAAGAAACAGAUCGUGGCUGCAUUCUUGUAGUCGGACUUACGGGCGACUAGACUUUUAAAUGACUCAUAGGAAGCCCAUUUAUUUCUUUGCUAAAACGGUCAAAUUCCAUAUCUGUAACCUUUAAUCUUACCAAUAUAAAAAACUUGUUUUAAAAAUAAUAAAGGUGAUUCUCGGUACGAGAUUAAGAUUCAACUAUACUUCUCAAAAUUACUUAUACCAGGGGCCUUCGCGAAAAACACUGCAAUCUAUUCAAUCCAGGCUUGACACCAUGAGCGCAACGGACCGACUUCGGAGUACUCUCAAUGACGACGUGAGAGAAUUGACCCGAAUUAUACUUAAAUCCUUUUUAUCACUUUGUUCAUCGUCUGGCCUCUCAAUUCGAAAUGUUAAAAUAUGGGAGAUACUUCUGAGAGAAAAUUUUGAUCGAUAUCGCUAUUUUUCUUAAGUUUAGGACAAUUUUGUGGCAAAUUCGUGGGGAUCUCUUGCAAGCCUUCCGCAUUGUUAAGGGGUUUGAUUGCAGUCUAGCCUUCGAGGACUUCUUUGAAUUUGCUACCACGACCAACCUCCGAGGUCACCCAUUAAAACUGUGCACUCAGCAUGCAAGGUUGGAUGUACGGAAGUUCUCCUUCUCUGUUCGAGUGGUCAAACAAUGGAAUGCCCUUCCCGCAGAUGCUGUGAUGUCACCAUCCAUACAAAGUUUUAAAAAGAAUCUUGACAUAUUUAUGUUCCAAAAUGACCAAGAGCGAUGAGAAGUAGAGUUCACCCCCUAUAACCCGUUCUCAUUUUGUCCUACAAUUAUGGGCGCGUUUGAAAUAUUUUAGCCCAGAAAAUUUAUCUGUAUACCACACAUUUUUUUACGUUGCAAAUAGGGUACUCAAAGGCUUAGGCCUAUUUCCCUCUAUAAACUGAACUGAGCUGAACUAAACAUUGGGAUCUUUUAAUAUGCAUUUCGUCGUAUUUGUCGCCCCUUAUUUUGUUUUCAACUGCUUUUAUCUGCUCAGUUUUUUGCUACUAAUGCUUUGAAUUCUCCAUUCUACGCUUCUUUCGAGGGAUCUAGAGCAUAGCUUGCUGUUUGAUGCUCAUACAGGCUUUGCAGAAGGUAGACUAGAUUCGCUACUUCGCCGGCUUAAUUUGCUAGAAGAUGUAAAAUAGCUAACCAUGCUAUUAUGAUCACAAAUGGAUGGCUAUUCUUCUUUCGAUACCGUCUUUUCAUUGUAACUCUUCUCCUGCUCAUCCGCUUUUCCUUCACUGGGAAAUAUCCUAUGUCCAUCCAUAAAAUUCCUCAAUAGUUUGAUACAGUUUUGCCUUAAAGACAUGUUUUAACACAUCCGUUUUCUCGAAAAAGCGCCGCAUUAUUCUCUAUUGUCACUUUUCUGAACUUUUAAAGGAUGCCGACAGUAUUGGGGUAGGCAAACAUGGUGGCGUGCUAAUGACGCAGUCAACUGAUUUAAAUAAAUUGAAGUUUCAUUCCUUUCGAAUAUUUUGACUUACUGAAUUUGCCGUUUUUCUUUAGUCCGCGUGUUUCUUUUGAUACUUAUCAUGUUGUUUGCUCAAGCGCCGACUGCACUUUGUACAGGCCCUUGGUGUCUAGGGCUUACCAAUUCUGUGCUAAACCCUUGUCUAGAGGUAUCCAAAAUUACAAUUUCGAUAUGUAAUUACACAGGCGUCAAUGAGUCGAUAUCUCUGUACGGGGCAAUACCAGCAGCUUGUCAGCCAGCAAGUCUUUUGGUGCUAAAAGCAUGCCGAAAAAAAUUGUGUUUAUUCCAAUUAAUCUAAAUAAUCGCAAAUAUGGAGCUGCGACGUGUUGAAGAGACAAUAAUGGACGUGUCAAAACAGUUGUAGGAGGCCGAUAAUUCUAAAAUAUAUGGCAUGAAAGCAGAUCUCGCUAUGUUCAUUGAAGAAGGGUUACCAAAUGCAGAAGUGCUGCUUUCGUUUUACUACGUUGAAAUGUCGGUGGCAAAAACAAAAUAAAGCCUGUAGGCUCUCCCAAUCAGGUGUUCACAUUUGUACUAUUUAUGCUAGUCAUCCCGUAUGAAAUAAGCCGCUGUUGACCCAAAGUUUCGAAGUCGCGUUUGAACCCACUAACACACCUGCUUUUGUUUAUGGGGGAUGUAGAAUUUAUAAGCUACAGCUACCGUUCUUCCGCAGGCAUGCGCGGCAGACCGCGUCUGUUUAGUUGGCCGUUGAACCUUUAUUAAAAGUUUUUGUUCAUAAUAUAAUAGUCACCUGCUGGUUUCGUCAUUCCAAUUGCUGUACUUUGUGAUCCUGCGGUACCUACUUUAAUUGCCGGAUCUUUCAAACCGCUACCUAUUACCCCCGCAUAAUAAGGUAUUAUGGAUUAGAGAGCCAAAACGCAAACAGCCUGAGGACUUUGGCUUGUAGCUUGGUGGUGUCGAGUAGAUUGCAUCUUACUGCGGCCGGGAGCCCGACCAUUCGCAUCCAUCGUAAUUCAUUUUGUUUAGAAUGUCGCCGGCUUGCUUAUAACCGAAGUAGCCGUAGCAAGUAGCUUGUGAUUUGCAAUCUCUAUGCAGUAGCUCGCACAAUCCCAUAAAUCGAUGUCGAGCGGUUACCCUUGGCUUGGGUGCAACAUCAACUUCGGCGUAAAGGAGGCUGGCGUCUCUAAAGACCUCUAGACACGCAACUGCACUGCGGCGCUCCGAUUUCAUGUUAGUAGAUGCCUCAUUUCUGCGUACACUGAGUGAGAAAAAUUUCGGGGCAGUAUUUUGCCUUAAAUUCCCAUCAGAGGCAUCACAAUGCGGUGACGAUACAUUUAUGUUUACCAAAGUCACCAGCUUUUGCAAUGGCACUCUCACAAAGCUGUGCUUGUAGUCCACCUGUUCCUCCCUGUUCCUGUUCCUUACCAUUAUUAAUUUUCCUAAGUAAGUGAGUUUGGAGGUCACCGACAUCUUUUUUUUUCGACAGACCAGAACAUCCUAGAAGGUUUGUCAUUUGUUGUCUUUUUCAUUUUUGCAAGUUCAUUUUUCGGAAGGUAGGAUUGAGCUUCUACAUGAAUGACAAACCAUAGUCCCUUUGAAUGCAAUAAAACUAUCUUCCACAUGCCACGCCGUGCAUGUCGUUUUGUUUUUGUAAAACCGCUUGCUGUAAGCUCUGCCUGAUUAUCUGGCCUACGAGUCCAGCAAUUUGCAGCAUGAUUUGCUGUCAUGGCUUUUAUAGAAAAUGGUACGUCCUAUCACAGAAAAAGAUUUGUGCGCGCCCGAAUAGUCUUCUUUUGCAUCUUUUUCAGGCAUGUAAAGUAGUUUCAAUCUAUAGUUAUUUAGAAACAAAAGCGAACAAGAGCCUGACUUCCAAACACCAUGAGCUUUUGAAGUAUGAGUCUUUCUCCCAUGAGUUUCCAAAACUCAUAUUAAAAUAGCCGUCCAAACUUAGCCCUGUCAAAACCGCAUUUAACUCUUCCAGGAAUCCAGUGAAUGACAUAGGUAUAUGGGAUAAACUGCAGAAUGCAAUGCUGUCAGACGCUUGGGUGAAAUCGCUUCUUUUAUGAACUCGAUAAUUUUUGUCGACAGACCAUCAAACUUCAUUAUCCGUCAUAAUGACCCCCGAUAAGCGGGACCACACGCUUAAGCGAGAUCGACAAAGCAAGAGCUGUUGGUUGCUAGUGAUCAUGAUGGAGUUUAAGAAUGUAUCACAGCAUGAAUAUUUAGUCGGUACAUUCAGUUACAACUUUAGACCCGGCUUGACCGAGUCUCGUCCUGGUGUCACGCUGACGCUGCAACUGCCCGAGUGUGGCAGUGUCAGGGAUCUUCACAGUCGCGGUAGUCUUCGGACUUUGUACUACUUUCCUUGAGUACGGGCGCAAGAAUGAUUGGGCUCCAGUUAGCAUGAAAAAUCCCAUCUCUCUAAGCAUGCAUAAUUACCGAAUGGAGCCAUUACGUCAGAAUAUGGAAACAAGACUUUUAGACUUCAGCAGGAAUGCCGUUUCUCCCAACGUCUUGUGUUGCGGCCUUUUGAUUUCGGCGACUUCGUCCUUAGGAAGUGGGUGGCGAUACUUUAAAGAUUGGAAGACAAACUUCAACCGCAGAAAAGAGGGAGAUGGUGUCUUGUUGAUUAUCGAAGCUAAGUCGGCGCUCAAAGUGCUCAUGUCAGUACUAGAACAUGGUUCAGUUCUCGACAGUAAGUCGUCGCUACAUUGCGAACGGUCAUUCAGCGUACUUGACUUGCCAUUAGUUUGACAAACAUUUUGGCAGAGUUUUUGAAUGUUGCCAACUAUUGAGGCCUGCUCCACAGAAGUGGUGACUCCGAUAAAAUAGUUUCUAUCUACCUUUUCGCCGAUUUCCAGAUUGGCUGAGGGGACGGCGUGGUGAGACCUAGCUCAAUCUGUUUAAGCUGACCACUUUAAGGUUUCUGAACUCAUCCAGUCAUUUUAACAUCAGUGGUUGAAUCCCAGAAUUUUUUCAGCUGUGCUAUGGACCGCGAAAUAUAGUGAUGAUUGUUUGCUACUGCCUCCGUCGCCUCGGUCCGCAGCGCGAUUGUCUCCCUGUUCCGGCAGGUCGACCGCUCCAUCCCGUCUACCAAAACAGCCGUAUAGGCCGUUGGGUUGGAGGAUAAAGUGAGAGCUGACCCGCAGGAUCUUGAUUUCACCAGAGCCUUGGUCGGAGCUUCGGACUUCACACAAGUUUCUACCUGACAUUGAUGAAGACUGCGCUCUCUAGGAUUUCGGUCAGUACGAUUAAGGAACUUUCACCCUUUCUAGCAUUCAGUUCUAAGGGUCCGCUCCCUGUUAUGCAGUCCAGUUCGCAUACUAUUCUGCCUGACCACUGGGCCUGGGUUGCGGAGCGUGUUGGUCCUUGCGCACGCCGUAAUCAGAACCAUAACACCGGAAUCGAACAUUUUUACAUGAACUUUAUUGGGAAUUUUGGGUACAGACGAAUCCCCACCAACCACACUAAUUGUUUAUUCGGGGUCUUCUCAUCUGGCGUUUUGGCUCGGAAACUCAACCACGGGGCAGUGGGCACUAGAAAAUUUAUUGACAUUCGCCAGGUCACGGUGUCCUCAUGGCGCUCUUUUACAUUUUACAAAACAGUCGACACGCUAGACCUCAGCCUCCCCGCACUCUUGUAGCGCCUCGCUGCUACUCAGCCACCACUUGUUCGUCAAACCGGAAGCUUGCUUAGUUCGUAUGCAAUUACCAGCAUAACCGCCGCCAUCACCCCUACGUUCAACGCAAUGAGGAGAAAGGAAACGAGUCCCAUGAUCUCUUUCGUGAAGUUCCGCCCUGCAUUCCAUCCAACGACAUCAUUGAUGCAGGGGGUUGGAACGCACGCAUCACGGAAGCCGGUACAACUACUCAGCACAUUCUGUAAAUGUUUGAUUUUGGUAUUCGGCACGGUAAUAGUUGGCGUCUUCUUGGUUUUACGAUCGUUGCUGUUAAAACUAUACUUCAGUAUCCAGACAGACAUCCGUUAACUUGAUCUUCAGAUGUCUAGAGGGCCAAAGCACACACUAACUACAUUGCCGUGAGCAAGCACUGCCCGACUGCGGUUCUCGACCGUCGCUCAAUACGUGGAGACCAAACAGACAGUGGGCAAGGUGUAGACCAUAAACUCGUGGGGACGCGGCUGCAUUUGCGGUCAGAGUUGUCCUCGAAUGUCCGAUACUUGGAUGUUCCGAUGCAGCGAAACACUCGGCUGCUUCCACUGUGGACGUCGUUAGUCACCUCGUCCUACCGGAAAACCGUGACGCUCAGCUGCCUCACUCCAGUGAGGAGUGAAUCAUGUUCAGGAGCGCAUCACCCACUAAUCUGGAUCACGUUGGGCGAGGACUUAAGCAGUCAAGCACAAUUAUUAGAUCAGCAGGAUUUGACUGAAUCUUUUGAGAUCCAACAUUUGAAGUAUUGCGCUGUGAGACUGUACGGCCAGUAAAAGCUGAUAGAAACCUAUAUUAACGGGCUUCGGCAUUGAAAUUAAUUGUCGGCCGCACAAGAAAUCUUCAUCAGCUUCUCUGGAAUUUAUUGAGUGAAAGGUGAACUGUCAAUAAAACCGCUAAGUCAAAGACAGGCCGGUGAAGGAGACUCGAUGGAGCAACAGGCACGUAUGGCGGACGCACGGGAGGAGGAAAUAUUUGCCACCACACAGCAUCCGCGUCAAUUGCAGAUGUUAGUACUGGGUGCUAUAGAGCUUGGUUUCCCGCCUCCGAGGUGUUAGUGGCCAGCAGUACACCGGUUGUGUCGGUGCCCGACGUUUACUUACUUGUACUUGUUACGGGUACGAGCAUGUCUGACGUAGCCGGCCUUGAUGAUGGCACGGACUGUAUCUCUCCCCGCGUGACGACCCGAGGCAGCACUUGUGGACGCACCGGGUAGCCAGCGGUUAGGCUAACGGAUAAUCCGUCUUCUUGGGGUGCCCGACUGUACUGUCAUCGGAAGCAGCAUUCACCCCCCCCCCUCACCCUGCGACUAAUUACUUCGCGGAGGCAAGGUCUUAGGGGUAAACGCGGUGUGUGGUCAUGUGCUUGUUGGUGAGCUGCAAGUCAGCGAACGAUGACUCGAGUAGCUCGCGACUGACGUGGUUACCAUUUCUUGUGAGGAUUUUGGUCCCUACUAUUUCAGGGUGUAGCCGGGUCGUGCUAUCGGAUCGCAGCUUGAGCAGCCGUCGCCAACCCCCUAUGAUUUUGAUUGUGCGCCCCCGUCUUCUUACGAAAUUCGAGCAGCAAGAAAGAAUCCCCAAAACAACAGAAUUGUGGUUCAGAGGGAUCCCCAGCCGGAGUUUACGAGAGUUGGGCGUCUUGAGAUGACAACUUAUGUAAUGGGACAAUUUGGUUACACAGGACUGAAGAACUGCCAUUUUUUCCAUAGAAGCAGUGUUGGAGCUUCGACGCGCUAGUUUGCUUGACAGAGUUACAAAGCUCUUCGGUCUUCUGAAAGUUUCCUCCUUGUCAGACAAGGAAAGCUCAAGGUGGCUUUUGGAUUGUCGAGCAAGCCCUUGGUCAUUUGGAUUGGAUAACUAGGUACGAACGCGAAUCUCGCAAUCCAUCUUGUUUGCUCACUUUCGCAGCCACCCCGCUUAUUUUUUGAACUUCACGGGACGCUUUUUUGGACAAACUACUUGAACUAUCUAAUUAUGAGUUGAAAAUGGCAUUGUGGGCAGUUGAACCGAGAGGCGUGGGACACGAUUGCCGGUACGAAGGAAUUAUUUGGCUGACAGUUUGGAUUCACGCCCAAGGCCUCCAUGGGAGAUAGCACUAGAUAAAGGUAAUGAAUGCACAAUGGUUGCAGUAUCUAUAGGAUUCGUUGGCUAUGCAACCACAUCCUUACUAAAAUUACCGGUUCUUGUACUCAUCGCCAAUGGUCGUACUUUGUGUGAGGAUUGCUUGAUCUUCCGCAUCUGAGUCGUUAAUUUCCGCAACUUCAUCACCAGUGUUGUUUAUUGGCCUUUCCUGGGACUGGCCUUCUCGCUUAUAUCGGUAGCUCAAUUUUUGGUCAUGGUUUUCUUCUUUUUUAACCCUCUCCUUACGCUACGUGAGAUCUGAGUGUCUUACCAGCAAUGUGCGUUAUAUGAUGCUAUGUCGCCCUUCGUAACUAGCAUAGUAUGCUGCCUCUUGUGUCUUUCCUUGAUUACUAUGUGGCGUAUUUUGCCUGUUCCUACCUGACACCACACUGCUUUUUGCAUUGUCACCCUUCUCAAGCCCAGUUUGGAUCUUGUUCAAAUGGCCGUCAUUCUGGAAACCAAUUUUGUCCGUUUGUUAAACUGCACAGAGGAUUUGGCGGAAGCAAAUGAAACCAAAGCCUGGCGAUACGCUAUCUAUGUCAGUAAACUUGAGGAGAUGAUAAAAGGACUCUCUUCCGCCUCCCCGCGCCCGAACGCGGAGUUUUUGCACAUUUACAAGGCUCGUGUAAGCCCUUCGUUACGCAUCUUUUUCUUAACAUGCCACCUUUUAUAUUCCAUCCCCUAUUUUUCCGUUAUUCUUUGUGCUCUUGGUCAAGGUGCAACAGUUAGCUAACCUGGCGGAAAAGUCGGCUGGACAUUCUCCCUUUAUCACGUUGGUGUCAAGUAUCCCAGCCUCCCUUGAUCGAAAGCUACCACAGCCGUGCGCACAUUUGAUGCAAUUUUCUUACCCCUCCUCCCGAAUAGAGGUAUCUACCUUGUCUUCGGGCCCACAUUCCUCCACGCCCGACACUUUAACAUCGCCUGUGAGCGUAACAAAACCACAGACAACGGCUGUCCGUCGUUACUUCACCGAUGCACCCGAUCUGCAACAGCGUGAAAAAGCUAAAGUGGACCAGCAACUACGACGGAGGCUACUUGGUAUGUCAUCUCUGGCUGCCACUCGCUGAAACGCGCCUCAUUUCGGUUUUUAAAGACUUUUGAGACGUUCUGGACUUAAUACUUGAAUUUUUACUCUAUCUACGAUAUCCUGAGUCGCCAAACUGCCUUUUCUACCAUUUACAUGUGUUUAUCAGGUGCUGGUACGCCUGGUGAGGCCUCCUCGGUUAAAGAAAGCGAGGAAAAUGGGGAGGACAAGAAAACCGCCUACGAUGGCAUGCUGGUUGAACAGGUGUCACAACGCGAACAUUUGGCCAACGAGAUGCUUGGUCUGACCAAGGAGCUUCGACUAACUUCCUUGGCUAUCGGCGAGAAGAUUCGCGCCGACAUUGGCGUGUUGGAACAGAGCAACGAACUGGCCCAGCAGAACGCGGCGUCUCUUGUUGACGUAUCGCGUUGUUUGAAAGAGGAGUUGGGCCAAAAAUUUGGUCUUAUUGUCUGGAUCCUCUUCCUAGUUUCGAUUGCCGUAUUUUUCUGGAUGGUGCUGUUUAUGAAGUUCACAAAGGGACUUUCUCCGUGA